GUUUGGUAUAAAUAAGAAAAUCCGGAAAACCAACCUCCUCCUCGUCUCACAAUUCACCGUCUCGAUUUUCAUCUUCUUCACUCGCUCAUUCGCUUUUGCAGGUUAGAGUGUUGAUUUGGACGGUAGGUAGGUACCCUUCGGAUACAAACCCUAGAGAUCAGCGGGAGAGCGAUCAAGUUGAUGUUUUCAUAUUUGGUGUAGAACUAGACAGACAUAGAGUGGAAUCGUGAACAUGCUUCAAAUUCGGCUUAGCAACAAGGCCGCAGCUUCAGAAAGCGGAGGUGGAGCAAAGCUCCCAUCAGGGGAGACAGUGACGGUUGCAUGCCCGGACCACCUUGUUCUGGCAGAGCUUCCAGUGGCUAAAAGCCUUGGUGCCGCUAACGGUGUUACUCUGGUCAAGACCGUUGGGCGUAGGUCCCGCCGACCGCUUGGUGAACGGGUCCAUUUCUGUGUUCAGUGUGAUUUUCCCAUAGCGGUUUAUGGACGCUUGAUUCCUUGUGAGCAUGCUUUUUGCCUUGAUUGCGCUAGGAGUGACUCUAUAUGCUAUUUGUGUGAUGAACGUAUUCAGAAGAUCCAAACAAUCAAAAUGAUGGAAGGCAUCUUUGUAUGUGCGGCCCCACAUUGUCUAAAAUCCUUCUUGAAAAAAACGGACUUCGAGGCACACGUACACACCGUUCACGCUGAUCUUGUUAAUUCAAAUCCUCAAAAAGACGGAAACGAGUCUGAAGCUGCAAGCGCCAAGAAACCGACAACUUCUGACUCAACGGUUCAAGCCCCAACUCCAAAACCAGCCCAAGACGGUGAACGGUCCCAGCCCCAACCCGUCAUUAGACCACCCAUACAGCCGCACGUUAACCCGCCUCAUGGUUUUGACGGGGCAACACCGAUGCACGUUCAGCAACCGAAUUUUGACUACCCUGUGACCGCCCUUCAGCCACCAGGGUUUGUAGUACCGGUGAACCCGAAUGUGAUGGGUCCUGGUUCAUUCGGUCAACCGCUCUACAUGGGUCAACAGGUUCCGGAAGCGGGUGUGGAACAAGGGUCGUUAUUGGGUUAUCCUCAAACUUGGAAUGUUGGACCGAAUGGUCAACCGUUUGACCCUUCUAUGAUGAUGAAUCAAGGUGGUUUCUUUCAAGGAGGUAUGCCAUCACAAGGGGUGAGUGGUAAUGAUGGAAGGAGCGGUGGUGUCAUGGCGGCAAACCCGUCACUCCCGCCACCACUUCCGGCUCAACCUAUGCCAUUCGGCAAUUUUCAUGGUGGUGAUUCGAGUCAUGGUGCAAUGGGGUAUGGGUGGCAACAAGACAAGCGUGACGGUUUUGGGAAUGGUCAAGAGUAAUGUAGUCGUUAUUCUGUUUUUGGCUUUUUGAGACGGUUUAUAGCUUGUUAGUUUUGAUAUAAUUUUAAACGAUCUGUGCGGUUUGCAUGCUUUGGACUCUUUUAUCAGAGAAGCCGUCGUCAUGGCUAGUUUUUGCAUCA